AUGCAUUGUACAGCUACACCUUAUAAUGAUCCUUAUCUAUACCCUGUCUGGUCUACACCAACCCCCAAUGUAUAUCUUCUGCUUUCUCGGAUUCCAUUGAGCUCCGAUAUGGAAGCUGUCAUCUUCUUCACUGCGGUCACAUUUAUGGUCGCCGUGGGAAGUGCAGUCGUGCAAGGAGUAAUCUUUUGGAAACGAUAUCGAAUUCGAUUUCACGUCACCAAUAAGACUCCAUCCAUCAGCAGCCGAGAUUUGGAAAAUCAAGAUCCGGGAUUAAAUCCCCUCGUUGCCGCACCGGCACCUUUACUGCAUACACGAGCGGAAAGCCUUGGUGUUCGUCGGUGGCCAUCAACAUAUUAUGAUCAAACUCGCUGGACUGGAAUAGCGCAAUCCGUUCCUUCAAUCCCUGUUGAUCGUCGUCAUCUUUCGAAUCCAUUUGUGCCAUUCCAAGGCGUUCCAGGUGGUCCUACAUUAGAAGAGAUAUCCGAACGAAGUCCAACCCCGGCGACUAUCAGCCACUUGACAACCGCCACAGGUUCACGUGAUCAGCAGGGCUACGCAGAGCCAAAACCCUAA